UCCUAAGGAUUCCCUGGCGGGCCUGGAACUUGUCCCCCACAACCCCCCGAAUCUUUCUCCCCGGAGAACCCCUCUCGACCACCCCCCUCCCCCCCAGUGGAUGCCCUAUGACUGGCCGGAGUUUGGAGUCGGACUUGUGCGUCCCUCUCGGAGCAGCGCUUGCUGGGGGUGGGGUGGGGACUGGGAUGUUGUUGUAAAAUGCAAGUUGGAUAGAAAGACGACCUCUCGCCAAGGGCCCCAAUGAGUGGCACACAGUCUACUAUCACGGACAGGUUUCCCCUCAAAAAACCUAUAAGGCAUGCAAGUAUUUUGACCCGAGAGUCUCCAACAGACAAGAAGCAGAAAGUUGAACGCAGUACAUCACAUGACUUUGACCCCACAGACAGCUCCUCCAAGAAGACAAAGUCUAGUUCAGAGGAGAGUAGAUCGGAGACAUAUGGUCUUGUUCAGCGCUGUGUGAUUAUCCAGAAGGAUGACAAUGGAUUUGGGCUGACGGUCAGUGGAGACAAUCCAGUCUUCGUACAGUCUGUUAAAGAAGAUGGAGCAGCCAUGCGGGCUGGAGUACAAACAGGUGAUCGAAUCAUCAAGGUAAAUGGAACUCUAGUUACUCAUUCAAACCAUUUGGAAGUGGUACAGCUUAUCAAAUCGGGUUCCUAUGUAGCUCUCACUGUUCAGGGACGCCCACCUGGGUCGCCCCAGAUUCCAUUAGCUGAUUCUGAAGUGGAGCCAGCAGCCUUUGGACAUAUGUCUCCCAUCAUGACAUCCCCCCAUUCACCUGGAACAUCUGGAAAUACGGAGAGAAUCACCAGCCCAGUGUUGAUGGGAGAAGAAAACAAUGUGGUUCACAACCAGAAAGUAGAGAUUCUAAGGAAGAUGCUGCAGAAAGAGCAGGAACGGCUACAGUUGUUGCAAGAAGAUUACAGCCGCACACCUGCUCAACGAUUGCUUAAGGAGAUCCAGGAGGCCAAGAAACACAUCCCUCAGUUGCAGGAGCAGUUAUCCAAAGCAACAGGCUCUGCUCAGGAUGGAGCUGUAGUUAUAUCCAGCAAGACUUCUGGUGACUCCCUUCUACUCAGUGAAGUAGAAGCAGACAGUGGUGAUGGGUUGGGCAGAAUUGAUUAUAGCAGUGGAGAUGGUUCUCGACCCAAUAGUGACAUUGCAGACAGUCCCAGAGGUGGCUUGAAGGAAAGAAUUUAUUUAGAAGAAAGCCCAGAGAAAAGUGAGAUGAUGCCAGAUAAUGACACUCAAUCAAACAUUGGGAGUCCCUUAAUUCGAACAGCACCUCAGAUCAUUGGAGCAGAGGAUGAUGACUUUGGCACCGAACAUGAACAGAUUAAUGGACAAUGCAGCUGCUUCCAAAGUAUUGAAUUGCUGAGAUCCCGCCCUGCUCACCUAGCUGUGUUCUUACACCAUGUGGUUUCACAGUUCGACCCUGCAACAUUGCUCUGUUAUCUUUAUUCAGACUUGUAUAAACAGACCAAUUCCAAGGAAACUCGGCGCAUCUUCCUUGAGUUUCACCAGUUUUUCCUGGACCGAGCCGCACACUUGAAGGUUUCUGUUCCAGAUGAAAUAUCUCUAGACCUGGAAAAAAGAAGGCCAGAACUUAUACCUGAAGAUUUGCAUCGACAUUAUGUCCAAACUAUGCAAGAUAAAGUCUAUCCUGAAGUUCAGAAGCAUUUGGAAGACUUUAGGCAGAAACGUAGUAUGGGGCUAACCUUAGCUGAAAGUGAACUGACCAAACUUGAUGCAGAGCGAGACCGUGACCGGCUAACCCUGGAGAAAGAACGGGCAUGUGCAGAGCAGAUCAUUGCCAAAAUUGAAGAAGUGUUGAUGACAGCUCAAGCUGUUGAAGAAGACAAGAGUUCAACAAUGCAAUAUGUGAUCCUCAUGUACAUGAAGCAUUUGGGAGUCAGAGUAAAAGAACCUCGGAAUUUGGAGCAUAAGCGAGGUCGCAUUGGAUUUCUGCCAAAAAUCAAGCAAAGUAUAAAGAAAGAUAGGGAAGGUGAAGAAAAAGUGAAGAGAAGAGGAUUCCCAAACAUUUUAGGACCCCCAAGGAGGCCAAGCCGUCAUGACAACAGUGCAAUUGGCAGAGCCAUGGAACUACAAAAACAGCGCCAUCCCAAGCACUUACCCACAGCCUCAUCAGUGAGUCCUGAACCUCAGGACUCUGCCAAAUUGCGUCAGAGUGGGAUCUCCAGUGAUGUAGCAGAUGUUAUGUGUAUGCCUGCUAAUCCCAUGUCUUCUUUGACUUCCCAAGGGACUAGUGCCUCCCAAGAGGGAGGAAAAGAGAAUGAAAUGGGGUCAAAACAGAUUGGAGAAGCGCCAGCUUCUGGAGAUUCUACAGAUAGUACACCACGAACUCCCAAUACAGUCUUUGAUUUCCCAGCUCCACCAUUAGAACAAUUGCAGGAGGAGGAAGGUGAAGUAGAAAGGUUACCUGAACAUGGAACGCCAAAAUCAUUUAGAAAGCUUGAUAGUAUAGCUUUUGGGGAAAGUCAGAGUGAAGAUGAGCAGUUUGAAAAUGACUUAGAAACAGACCCACCAAAUUGGCAGCAGCUUGUUAGCAGAGAGGUGCUCCUAGGGCUAAAACCUUGUGAGAUCAAACGGCAGGAAGUGAUCAAUGAGUUGUUCUACACUGAACGAGCUCAUGUCCGCACACUGAAAGUUCUAGAUCAGGUGUUCUACCAGCGAGUGUCCCGAGAGGGGAUUUUGUCGUCAUCAGAACUGAGAAGAAUCUUCUCCAACCUGGAAGAGAUUCUUCAGCUUCACAUUGGGUUGAAUGAACAAAUGAAAGCUGUUCGAAAGAGGAAUGAGACUUCUGUAAUUGAUGAGAUUGGAGAAGAUUUAUUGAUCUGGUUCAGUGGAGCAGGAGAGGAGAAGUUGAAACAUGCAGCUGCCACCUUUUGUAGUAACCAGCCUUUUGCCCUGGAAAUGAUCAAGUCUCGUCAGAAAAAGGACUCUCGAUUCCAGACUUUUGUGCAGGAUGCUGAGAGUAAUCCACUGUGCCGUCGACUGCAGCUAAAGGAUAUUAUUCCUACCCAAAUGCAGAGGCUCACUAAAUAUCCCCUUCUGCUGGAUAAUAUUGCUAAGUACACAGAACGGCCAAAGGAAAGAGAAAAGGUGAAAAAAGCAGCAGAUCACUGUCGUCAAAUCCUAAAUUAUGUGAAUCAAGCUGUCAAGGAGGCAGAGAACAAACAGCGCUUAGAAGAUUACCAGCGUCGCCUUGAUACAUCUAACUUGAAGCUGUCAGAGUAUCCAAAUGUUGAAGAACUCAGGAAUUUGGAUUUAACAAAGAGGAAGAUGAUUCACGAAGGACCAUUGGUAUGGAAGGUGAAUAGAGAUAAGACUAUUGAUCUAUACACAUUGUUGCUGGAGGACAUCCUUGUAUUGUUACAAAAGCAGGAUGAUAGACUGGUGUUGAGGUGUCAUAGUAAAAUUCUAGCAUCUACAGCAGAUAGCAAACACACAUUCAGCCCUGUGAUCAAAUUGAAUACUGUGUUGGUUCGACAAGUUGCGACAGAUAACAAAGCAUUAUUCGUCAUCUCUAUGUCAGAUAAUGGAGCCCAAAUUUAUGAAUUGGUGGCACAGACAGUUUCUGAAAAGGCAGUCUGGCAGGACUUGAUUGGCAGGAUGGCCCUCUCCGUAAAGGAACAGUCCACAAAGCCCAUUCCACUACCAGAGUCAACCCCCUGCGAAGGGGAGCGUGAUGAAGAAGAAGCUUCAAAGCUGAAGGAGGAGUCACGUGGUGUUUCUACCUCUAGUCUUCAAAGUCCAGAAAAACACAUGGGAACAGAUACUCCUUUAAUGUCAAAACCUCAGUCCCCUUCAUCAGUUACCUCUGGGAAAUCAGAGAUCAAUGAUCUACUGGCUGAAAGACAGUUUGAAAAGGAACAAACAGAAGAGACCUCUAAAGAGUCUGGAAUGGACUAUCAGAGUACUAUACCAGAGCCACAUUUCCCUGUCUCUGAAGAGCGGUGGGCAUUGGAUGCACUGAGGAACUUGGGUCUGUUGAAGCAGUUGCUGGUACAGCAGCUAGGUUUGACUGAGAAGAGGACUCAUGAAGACUGGCAGCAUUUCCUCAGGUUUAGGACAGCCUCUCAGGGGGUACAGGUAGAAAGUCCAGGUGCAAUCCAAAAUGUCCUAGACCACUCUGAAAAUAAUAAGACCAGAGAACCUGUUGAAGGACAGAUGCCCCUCCCAACCGGAACUGGCGAAAUUGCUGCAUAUUACAGCCCAAGGACUUCAAUUGAAUCCCCAGUUCCACAGGAUUAUAUGGAACUGGCAUCUCAAGAUAGCAGGGCAAGUAAUGUUUUAGUCAUGGACCACAUGAUCAUGACCCCAGAGCCGUCUAGCACAGAGCUAGAAGGGGGUCCUGAUGACAGCGGAGAGCACUUUUUUGAUGCCCGUGAAGCCCAUAGUGAUGAUAAUCCUUCAGAAAGCGAUGGGACAGAAAGAAAGGAAGAGGAUGCUCUUCAGUUACGGAUCUCAGGAAACGUUCUGAUCCUUGAUGGCUUUGAAACAGUGCAGGAGAGCUCUACAGAGGAAGAAGUUGGUUCAGGCCUCCCUUCUGUGGGUUGGGCUCACCAGCAGCAACCUCUCCACCAUCCCCGGUCUGAUGGAGGGGGCUCUUCAUUCACCUCUGAAUUCCUAGUCCAGCAGCGCUGGGGACCUGGGGAGGAGUCUGGCUUCAGUGCCCAGAGUCCCUCUUCCACUGCAGACUCACACAGCCAAAUCAUGCAGUACAUUCGGAAGAUAGAGGCUGACCUUGAACACUUAAAGAAGGUGGAGGAAAGUUACCUGACUCUUUGCCAAAGGCUGGCUGGAUCAGCCCUCACAGAGGAGCACUCAGAUAAAAGUUAAAGCCACAGCUCUUCUUGGUGGCUGAAGGUUGGAUCCUGAGCCUCAGCCUUGCCCCACCACGUCCUGGCUCCACAGUGGACUAGGAGAGAGUGUGUGACGGAGGAUCUUCCUGUGGACCAUCUGAGUGCUAGCUAUGUCCCAGUAUGCUCAAAGCGGGAAUCAUUUGUUCCCAGCAUGGCAGCUGCACUUGUCUGUCAGUGAGGGAGUGUCCAUUCUCUCAUCUUCUUCCCCUCACUAUCGGAAAUUCAUCUUGAUUUCAGAACAAAAACCAAAUGUACAGAGCUUUGGGUGUAGGAUAUAAAAAAAUGUAUUUAGGCAUUUGAAAAAAAAGAAAAAAGAAUCAGAUGUAUUUAUUUGACUUCAUUCCACAUUUUGAAAGCACAUUUUAAUUUUAAUUUUGCUUUUAUGGUUUUGUUUUAAUUGUGUGGCAAGCGUUUUAGCCCUUUUUAUUUAGUACACCCAAGGAUCAGCUGCUCCUGAAAUCACAGUUCAGGCCUAGGGGUUGGGGUGGUUUGGGGAGAGCAUGAGGGAACUAGGGUGUUUUGGUUUCACUGGACUGAAUUUUAGCACUCCCUGCUAGCCCCUAGACUGCUUCUUGAAGGGCUACUUCCCUAUGGUUUUCAUGUACAGAAUGACUAUAUUUAAGAGGGGUCAGAUAGAAGAUGAGCUUCCUAUCUGUGGGGCAGGCAUCCAUCUUCUGUAGCUAAGGUCACCUCCUAUGUCACAAAAAUUCUUAAUGCACUAAAUAGCCAGGCACUUGAAAAUUGAUUUAUUCCCUUCCCUGCCCCGCACCUACUUGCCCUCCCAAUUUACUCUUCUUUUCUUCUCUUCCAUCAAAUCAUGGAAUCUGAGAGGGAAAAGAGAAGCCAAGUUUUAUUUUCUUGACUGUAAAAUAGUCUAGAUGUUGUUUAAUUUUUACAGUUAUACAUAGGGCUUUGGCACUUGCAUGAAUUAUCCCUACAACUUGAGCAGAAAAAUAAAAGUGGAAAUGCUUCAGAGAGAGGGAAAUGGUAGGGCUGGGGGAGAGGGGGGCGGGGAUGGGAUGGAGAAAAGGGUAGAGAGGUUGGAAAGUGUAUGUGUCAAACUGAAUCACUACUGAGCUGAACCAUGGCUUCAUUAGCCACGGGUACUGCUGAUUAUAGGGCCAGUAAGUUUUUAGUACCUGGAGGUUUGACUCUGAUUUUUGCACUGAUUGUGCCAAAAUGCUCUCUACUUGUAUUGCAAAGAGAGUCAAGGCUGGAAUGGAAAGAAAUGCAGUGGAGAAGACAGAAUUGCCCAAACCAGCUCUGUAAGCACUUGCUUUGGCUUUACUGCUGUAGCCCUUUCCAUCUUGGGAGCAAGACUGACCUUGCAAAUUGAAACCUGCAGAUCAAUACCAGAACAUACACUGAACCCUCCAGGCUGGUUCUGGAUACUGCCUGCACUAGGGUUAGUAGCAGCAUUGGCAGUAUCCUACAGAGGAUAGCAGUUUCAGAACUGUCACUUGAAAAUAUCUUCAGUCACAGUCUUUGAACAGUAUUCUUUGUGCAUCAGGUAAAAAAAGCUUUGGAGGUUUUUUUUGUUUUGUUUUGUUUUUGCCAAUUAAAAACAUGUGCCAAAUCUGCAAAAUCCUGUUCCUAUACAAAGCAUUCAUUUCAUCACAUCUUCCAGUAGUGUCUUCCACUUUCUGUGAAUGGUCAGUGUGUGAUUUUUACUCCCUUCUUAACUGUCACAAAGAAAUCAGAUUUAUCUCAUCAUAAAUGGCAGGAAUUCCCAGCUGCUUGUCAAGUAUCAUGAAACUACAACUUAACCAGCUCAUCUGACUACAUCAAGUUCCCUGCCUGUGUUUUGUCACCUAAGCUAUGCUUUUUGGACAUGGCCACAAUCACUUAUUUGGGAAUAUGCCUGUAGACUGGAACUGCAUCUCAGAUUAUAAACAAAAUGUAAUUUAAACUAGAAUGGGGUAAGGAGCUUUAAAAGCAGAACCCAAGUACACACAGAAUGCCAGCCUGGAGCUUUCCCUAACCUACCAGGAGGAGCCUACAGAAAUGAAAUGGGUACACUAUAUGCUGCUGGCAAGAAUGCUGCGAUCACUGCCAACCCAAAGCGUUAUCUGUACAUAUGUAUCCAGCCAUGCACCAGCCGGUCUGCAUCAAAGGAGAUGCUAUUAAGUGGAUAUUUGAGAAGUGUCCACCAAAACAGUUUAAUUUGGGAUAAGAGCAGUAUGACACAACCAUAAGUUUGCUGCAAACACCUCCAGAGUAACCACUUGACAGUACAUAACUCCUUCAGGAGGUAGGAAAAGUGCAAUGUUUUAAAUUCUGUCCUAGUUAAUUCACUAAAUGGUGUUGAGCAAGUUAGUUAUUCUGUCCUUCCUUCAGCUUAUUACUCUGCACAAUGGAGAUACAAAGUCUAGCUGGGGGGAAAAAAGGCACAUCAAAUGUAGUUCAGGUGCUACCAAAUAAGUUAUUUCAUAUUUCCAAAGCAUAAUCCAGAAAAGAUCCCAAAGCUUCAAGUGCCCUUUCCAUCUUAGAGCUGCCAGUUAAGAGGGAGAAAGUUUCCCUUCUGUUACUUUAACAUCCUGUCUGCCCUUCCAGUUGAAAGGGUUAGGGAAUCGCACUCCUUAAGCAAAACUGGUCACUAGAAAACCCUUUUCUUAGGGAGAGAUAAAGAGAUGAUGGGAUCCUAUUUUCUCAAAAAGACACAAGAGUAGAAAAAGAGAUCUAUAGAAAACCAUAGAGCUGUCUUGGGGGAUGCUGAACAGACUUACUAAAGUGUGUUUUGUCUUGUUGUUUUAAUGGCCUCCUGGACUUUUAAGUGGUGAAAUACAUUUAGAACAUCUCAUUCCCUUUCAGAAAACAGUUAGUCAAGUUAUAUUGACAAUCCCAAAGCACCAUGAUUUAAAAUGGAGUUCCCUGCCCUAGAAACCAUAUGCUCUGUGUACUCUAAAAUCAGCUUAUAUUCAGGACCAAUUUGAGUUGACAUUAACUUCCAGAUUUCCCAUCUGAAUCUUGGCUGUUAAGAGUUAAGGAUUGUAGAAUUCUACAUGGAAUCUUUUAUUUUGGACAUGUUUCUUUGUUUCUCUGAUAGAACUAAUGCCUGUUUUUGUUCUCUGUGUGCUUUUUUAAUGCUGUGUUUAUAAGCUAGUACGGAAGAAAACAGGUAUCACUUGAAAAAUUUCUGUGUGAGAGCAGCAGCCCAAUACCCUGCUGCUUCCCAUUGCUUACUUCUUUUGCCUUUUGGUGAUUGUAGAUUCAACAGGUUGUAUGUGGACUGAAAGGGCACUGAUAUAUCAGAUUUCAAACUGGAAUCUAUCUCCAUAUCCUAAAAUGCAGGGUUAAUUUGGACUAUUGGACUCAUAACCCAUUGUUGAACACUAGGCAAAAUUUAAGAAGACAAAUUAAUACAAAAAUUCAUUUAAGUUUUUGCUUGUGCUUCCCACCUUCAGCAUUGCUACAUUUUUGUAAAAUGUUCUCUAAUUCCCACUUCUAAUACCUUCCAAAAUGCACCCCCCCCCCAACUAUUUUCCUUUCUCCAAAGAGUUUGUGAUUUCUUUACUUCAAUAACCUGUCUCCCUCCACUGGUGUUGGUGGUUUUGUUAAUGAAUUUGCUGAAGGGGUGUGCUUUCAAACCCCACUCCACCCCCAAAUAAAUAAAUAAAAGGAAACAAACACCCUUUAUUUCCAGGUGCAAACUGACAAGGAGGUGUACUACAAAAAUGGUCACUGUAAUGUGCAAACGGUUGGUUAUUAUUUUUAAUAAAUCUUUGAAUCUCUUCAUACUAGAACAUCUUAUUUUCCUUGUACACCAUACAAUCAUGUACUCUUUUAACAGAGAUUACUUUAAAAAAUCUGGAAGUAUUCUUUAAAGAAAACUUUAUUAAUAAUCCUGUAUUUUUACUGAUCAUGUUUUGAAAUGUCUGAAAGACUUUAUUGUUCUAAUUAUCCAGAUGUAUGUUUGUAAAAUAGCUCUUUUAUGAAUUAGAUGAUAAGGUUGUAUGUUUCUGGAACAAAAUAUUGGUCAUCUAAAAAGAACUUUGUUUUCUGGGAUCUGGGAAAAUAGAAAAUGAGCAUUCAAAUAUCAUUAAAUAAGUUUAAAGGAA